GGUAUGUACAGCGGUGAUGGCUUGGGUAUGGGUUAUCGUUGCUUGGGUGGGCAUGAAGUACUUCAGACAUGCCAAAGAUGGGUAGCGGCAUCAUGGUUCCCCUCGAGUAGGUGUCCUGUUUCUAUAUUUGCUGCGCCGUUGCUUUAACAUCGGUCGUUAUAGCCAAUAAGAUUCAUGUCUGAAACCUUAAGCCAUAUCGUCUCUGUUAAUGCGAUUACAUCUCCACUAAACGGUUUCUAGGGGCAUGCGGGCUUUUCAAAUUCUUCGGACAGGAUCAAUGGUAAUAAGAAGGGAACACUUCCAUUCCAGCGUCGAAGGCCGGCGGCCGUUCGUCGAUCCUCCCGACUGUCCUCCUCCACCUGAAGCACGGACCCUCGGAAGCUGGUGGUUGCGAGACCUUCAAUUACAAUGGCACGACACCCAAGGCGGACUCAUAGUGUUUCCGGGCCGCCUUCUGCGCACUGCGUUCUUAAAGAUGUUUCUUGCUGUUGUAAUAUGGGCAAGAUUCACCAAUUUUACAUGUCUGUGAUGGCUUUGCGACGGAACCCGCAACGCAAAUGCAAGAAGGAGGACGAGCAGUGCAACUCUGGCACUAUCUCAGACGCUAAACCAGAUCGGAUAGGGCAUCCAAGUUUACCUCUUAAUCCUCUGAGCGGUUUAAGUCGUCCCACGCCGUCGCGUAUGAACCAGAGGGGGUUGUCCGGGCAAUUCCGCUUCUGCGACCUGCCUCGGGAAGUCCGUGAUCAUGUGUACUCUUAUCUUGUCGUCCGUCGGGGGAAGAAGCUGCCCAUUUUCGAAUCGAGGGCCAUCUUGCGUGCUGAAAAGAAACGAGCCAUAGCCACACGGAAUCGCGAAAGGUUGAACCAGAAGAGACUGCAAAAUGGGAGGCGUCCCAUAUCAGCUCGAGAGCACGCUUCCGACUGCCUCGUCCACCUCAACGUUCUUCAGACUUCCCGACAGCUCCACCUGGAAGGUACGGACCAUUUGUACCAGAGCAAUUGGUUCGCGAUUUCUCUAGACAGCUUUCCAGCCACGACCAUUGAAAUUCCCUCAGGCUGGCAUCCCUCACGGAUAACGAAGAUGCAAUUGGAGUUACAGCUCAAAGACACGCAAAGAAUGAAUAGCUAUGUGGACUGGGGAACCUUCUUUUCUUCUUUUCCAUCGCUGAGGUUCGUCCACAUCAUUCCCACAUUCCAUCCCCGCUACUACGACUGGGCUCGCACUGAAUUGACAACCUGGGCCACCGCGCACUACAUUUUUCGUGCAUUUUUCCGGGAGCUGCUUGCGUCAAUCCCGGUGUCAAUCUGCCUCAAACUGGGGCCCUCCUUGGACCCCGAAGAAAAUAUGCAGCUGGAAGGCCGGGGUCAUGUGUCAAGGAAGAUACUUGAGGAUAUGUAUGCCGAGGUGGGAAUGCGACGUGGGGUUUAUGGCGGCUAUCUCCCAGUGAAUAGGGUAGUGGAAUGCAGACGGGUCUCAGCAGAGUAGCUGUCAACGGUCAUGGAAUAAUAAAUGGACUUAUCAUAGUCGCAUAUAUAAGCU